UGGAUAGAUGUCGCACCAGAGCCCCCCUCUUCCACCAAAAGGAGUUUUCUGAAUCGCCGGUUACAAGAAAGACAAUGGUACAUGCCUGAGGGGGAGACUCUUCGCUCAGUUUUGGAGUGAACUGAAGGCACUGCGAAGAGAUCUCACACACCUCUUCAGAAGCUAGACGCGAAAGGUGAACUGCAGACCCAACUUGGAGCCAUGCGUCCCUUCUGAUUUGGUAGAAGCUCUCCGUACGGAGAAGCAGCCACUGCAAGCCUUGUUGCCCUGAGGCCACGUGUGAAGAAACCAGUGAGUUGGGCAGAAAGCAAGAGCUCAUCGCUGCAGCAGCGCUUGCUGGCAGUCCACGGAGUCAGCCUUGCUGCGUGCACAAGGAUCCGGGACUUGCUUUCCAAGGAGAGGAAAGCUCAAAGCAAUGAUGAAGACUAUGUCCAGUGGGAACUGUACCUUGAAUGUUCCAGCCAAGAACUCAUACCGCAUGGUCGUGCUGGGAGCCUCCCGGGUGGGCAAAAGCUCCAUUGUCUCACGUUUUCUCAAUGGCCGCUUUGAAGACCAGUAUACGCCCACCAUUGAGGAUUUUCACCGCAAAGUCUACAACAUUCGUGGUGACAUGUAUCAGCUCGACAUCCUGGAUACUUCCGGGAAUCAUCCAUUCCCUGCCAUGAGGAGACUUUCCAUUCUCACAGGGGAUGUUUUCAUCCUAGUCUUCAGUCUGGACAACAGAGAAUCCUUUGAUGAGGUCAAGAGACUCCAGAAGCAGAUCCUUGAAGUCAAAUCUUGCCUGAAAAACAAGACCAAGGAAACAGCUGAUCUCCCCAUGGUGAUCUGUGGCAACAAGAACGAUCACAGUGAACUCUACCGCCAGGUGCGUUCUGAUGAAGCUGAGAAACUUGUUUCUAGCGACGAGAACUGUGCUUACUUUGAAGUUUCAGCCAAGAAGAACACUAACGUGAAUGAGAUGUUCUACGUCCUCUUCAGCAUGGCCAAGCUGCCCCAUGAGAUGAGUCCUGCCCUCCACAGAAAGAUCUCUGUCCAGUAUGGCGAUGCCUUCCACCAAAAGUCCUUUAAGAUGCACAGGGUCAAAGAGACAGAUGCCUAUGGCAUGAUCUCCCCCUUCGCUCGCAGACCCAGUGUCAACAGUGACCUGAAAUACAUCAAAUCCAAAGUCCUCAGAGAAGGACAAACAAGGGAAAGAGAGAAAUGCACAAUCCAAUAAAAAAGGGUUCUUUCAGAUAGUCUGUUAUGUAGUGUAUGUGUAGUGCCUUAAAGAAAGUGGUUGGUUGGACAA